AUGUCAGCACGUGGUAAGAAACCAUCAAAGCCCUUAGCUGCUACCCAGAAAACCAAGAGCAAAAUCGCUGGUUUGCAGUUCUCUGUGGCUCGUGUUGCCCGGUAUCUGAAGCAAGGCAACUAUGCUGAACGGAUAGGUGUCGGUGCCUCUGUGUACCUGACAGCUGUCCUAGAGUACCUGACCGCAGAGAUACUGGAGUUGGCAGGCAAUGCUGCGCAUGAAAACAAGAGGCAGAGGAUUGCACCACGGCAUAUCCAGUUGGCGGUGAGGAAUGAUGACGAACUGAACAAGCUGUUUGCCCAUGUGACCAUUGCAGAAGGAGGAGUGCGGCCUAACAUCCAAGCCGAGCUUCUCCCAAAGAAGACAGCAGGGGGGAAAGGUCAGCAGAGCGUGAGGCUAGCAAGAAGCUUAUAACAAUGGGAUAUAUAUCAAAUGUAGCAGUAGCAGAUUAUUACAUAAGCCAUCAAUAGUUGUGUAGAGUAAACAAAUUGGAUUAUAAAAGUUUUAUCAA